AUGGGUGUGCAGAAGAAGACGCGCAAAUUCGCGGCCGUCAAGCGAGUCAUCGGGCAGCGCGAUGCCCGUCUCAAGAAGAAUAUCCUCAAGAACGAGGGCGGCGACAAGAAGAAAGAAAAGGACAAGAGCGACGAAGUGAUCCGGGAGGUGUACGUUCUUUCCACGCACACACACAAACACACAGACAUAGACACUUCUACCACGACGAAGAUGUGUAAUCGCUGACGAGACACACGAAUCAGUCCCCAAGCCCCGAGUAGCAUGUUCUUCCAGCACAACACGGCGCUGCAACCACCAUACCAGAUCCUCGUCGACACGAAUUUCCUCUCGCACACCGUGCACCACAAACUCCCACUCCUCCCGACGAUGAUGGACACGCUCUACGCGACGUGCACGCCCAUCAUCACGUCGUGCGUCAUGGCUGAGCUGGAAAAGCUGGGCGCCAAGUACCGCAUCGCGCUGCAGAUUGCGCGGGACGAGAGGUUCGAGCGGCUGCAGUGCGAUCACAAGGGGACGUACGCCGACGACUGUAUCGUGGACCGGGUGAUGAAGCAGCGGGUCUAUCUGGUCGCGACGAACGAUCGGGAUCUGAAGAGGAGGGUGAGGAAGAUUCCCGGCGUGCCGAUUUUGAGCGUGGCGAGGGGGAAGUAUGUGAUUGAGAGGCUGCCCGAUGCGCCUGAGAAGUGA